UUCAUUGACAAAACAUCUGUUCGAAUCUUUCAUCCGUUUUUUAUUGAUAAUGAAGGCACUUAAGGCAGAUGUUUUCCUGCUAGUUUGUUUUUUGGCUAUUAAGGUAGCCUUCCCACGUGACUUGAACCCUGUGCUGGUGUAUGACGUAACAGUUAUGCAAAAUGGGUUUCCACAGUCUGGGUUAAACUACCGGAUCCCAGUGGUUGCAAUUGGACCUCUGAAUGGCACGUUGGUUGUGGUGUUGGAGCAGCGUCUCGGAGGAACUAGCGACGGGGUUCCCAAGAACAUCGCCUACAAGUACUCGGAGGACAAUGGCAUCACUUGGUCGCCGAUCUCAACUAUUUUUGAGUCUCCUGACAGUGGCAAAAUUUUCAUGGGCAACUUGAUUGUGGACGCAGAGAAAGGAUCUAUCCUGGUCAUUUUCACCGCCUGUUCUAAAGAUUGUCCGGGAAAUAAGUGGUCCAAUUACGUCAGCAAAUCACUGGACGAUGGUCGAACCUGGUCUAAGCCAGUCAACAUCUCAUCUCAAAUAGGAGCUUUUGAAUACUGUGGCGGACCGUCUCUCGGAGUUCAAAAAAGAUAUCCUCCUAACAAAGGACGCCUAAUUGCAUGCGGACAUACCGAACCCAUUUUGGUCGAUGGAGUUUACUGUGUUUUCAGUGACGACCACGGCGACAACUGGACUUUAGGGAAACCCCAUUUGGGUAUCCCAUUUGAGCAAGACAAAGUCGAAGGUGAUUAUUUACCCGAUGAAGUUACAAUGGUAGAAUUGCCAAAUGGAGAUUUGAUGGUCAAUGCUAGGAACCAGGGAUCUUUUUUAAACCAUUUUCACUGUCCAUGCCGAAUGACGAUGAUUUCGAAGGAUGGUGGCGAGACGUUUCCGACUGAGUUCGUUCGCAUCAACGAAGACCUGCCGGACCCAGCGUGUGCGGCUGGAUUGGCACUUUUUGACAACAAAACUCUGCUGUUCACGAACCCGAAUAACGCUAACAACAGGGUCGAUAUGACACUGUCAGUGGUCCACUAAUCUCGGCCAAUCAUUGGAAAAACUCACUCCUUAUUUUCCCAGGUCCAUCUGACUACUCUUCUGUGGCCACUAAGCCAUACUAUGACCCCAAGGGGGGACACUGCCCUUGUCUAUAUUGUGU